ACCAGAGCUGGGUUAAGUCCGCGCCCCGCGGCCCCCGGGCCACGGGAGGGAGCGCGGCCGCGUCCAUGGCCGCAGCGGUGCCCCAAAGGCAGACUCCGCUAAAAAAAUGGAUCUCUGAUGGCUGUGUGUGCGUGAACACGGCCUCCGGCGGGAACGACGACGUGAACGCUGUACCGGUCGCAUUCGUGGGCCUGGAGCUCCUCGCGCUGUGCCGCCGCGGCGGACAAACCCCCGCGUGGGACGAGCCGUCAGUCGCGCCGGAGGAAGUCUUCUUUAGCGUGCGACGGAGCGCGUUCGUGGCGGUGACGGCGCCGUCGACGCUGCGAGGUUGGGUCAGACCCGACGGCGAGAACUACGCCGAGGGCCGCGACUUCUUCGUCGUCUCCGCGCUUGUUGGAAGGCGGAGGCUGACGGCGAGCGAAAUUUUGAGGAAGAAGACGACCGGGGCGCUGCGCUACGAAAGCAUGGCGCGGCCGCCGCGUCCGCAUCGCACGUCCGUCCGUCGACGUCACCCGCGCAGGUAUUCAUGUCGCCAGGGCUUCUCGGAGCGGUCGUCUUCGCCGAUCGCCGGCGCCGCAGAAGAGCUGGGGCUGCUGCGACUUCGCCGGCCGAGUGGAAGGAGCUCGACGCGCAGGCCGUGGCCCUGUGCCGGCCUCGCUGGUCCGGCGAGACCAGGCUCGUCCCCGAGACGUUGAUCGCGCUGAGCGCCUACGAUGGCCCGCCGCGACCGGCCCGGGGCUCGGCGUUCCGAGCCGCGAGGGAUCUGCUCGCUCGACGCGUCCCGAAGCGCAUCGACACGAAGCUGUCGAUCGACCAGACGGACGAGCUCGUCGUGACCGCGGCGAUCCUCGAGGCGCUGGCUGGCCGCGAGGAGCCCGACGCCGACCUGCUCCGCACGCUGAAGCCCGGCUUCGCGGACGUUGGUAUCGAGCUCGGCGACGUGAGGCAGUUCGGCGACCUACGGCUCACCGCGCGGAACGCGGUCUACGUGCACGUCGUCUCGGCCGUCCGCAACCUCCUGCGCGCUCCGCGUCUCUCGCGACCUAUCCGGGCCAGCGAACGCAUCGUGGACUGGAUGCGGGCGCUCUCAAAGGCGCCGAUCCUCGCGCCGGCCGUGCCGAAGCCCGCCAACAACGCGCGGCCUCUGGAGGCCGCGUUGAAAAUCGUCGCGGCGAUGCUGGCGGCGAAGAACGGGCCGACGGCGGCGGCGGAGACUGCGCAGCGCCAGGAGGCGCAUCUGCGGGGCGGCGGGCACGACGCCGCCGCGGACUUCAUCCGGGCGCCGUCGACGAACCAGGCGUCCAAGGAAUGCGAGCUCGUCGCGGCGGCGUCGAUGGCUGUGUUGAAACGGCUACUCAAAGACCGCGACGUGACUAUUACGAGCGACGCGGGGUCUCAGACGAUCGCGGGCGUCGCCCAUCACUUCCACGCGUUCCGUAUGCUCGCCGUCGUGCCCACGGAGGCUGCUCCAGCAUGGAGGCUGUCGGCCUGGGCGAAACGAGCUGCGGCCGCGCAGGAGCGGGACUCGAGACGGCUGGCGCCGGGGCUCUUCGUCCCGGGCGACGCGCCGCCGGGGGACCUCAGCGGUUACAACGCGUAUGUUAGGGCAACGGCGGGCUCAGCGCAUCAGGCCGUCGCCGACGGCCCGGACAAGUUCGGCGAGGCCUCCCGAAGCGUCGGCGAACGGUGGAAGGCGCUCGGGCCGAUCGGGCAGCGGCCCUACGACGAUGAAGCGCGGGACGAGAACGUGGAUCGGCUCAAGGCCCGGGCUGAUUACGCGCACGCUUCGGUCCUGUGGGGCGCGUCCCAGGGAGCGCUCCCGGAAGCGCGGGCGCUGAUGGCCCAGCCCUACCGGCCGGGCCUGCCGCAGACCGUUACGGCUGGUGGGCUCUUCGCGUCCGCUUUUCCGAUUGAUAAAGGGACUAUCGCUGCGCACUUCGCCGCGGCCGGCAAGUCGUGGGACGAGCUAGAUCCUACGGCGCGCCAGGCUUCAGAGGACGCGGCCUCCGAUAGAAAUAGGGACCUCGCCGCGGCGACGGCCCGGGCGACGCUCGUGCCGCAGCGGCUCGCCGACCUGGGCGCCGACCGUGACGCGUGGGCGGCCAUCGCCGCGCGUGCAGGGGUCCCGGCCCUGCCCACGGCCGAGGCCGUGCGGGCGGAGCCGCGGUCUCUUCCCGACGCGCUCAACGAGUCGCUGAUGCGACUGAAUUCGAUGUGACUGCAUGACCCGCAGACGCCCCCUACGGAGUGCUUCGAUCGCUCUCGUCAUCGCGUCGUUCGUGUCGACGUCCGUAUAUUUUCGCAAGCGCGCACAAGGCGCAUCGUAAUAACAUGACCAUCAUCCC